UUAUAGACUAGAGCGUGGCUGGAUAACCAAUAUUAGCCGAGGGUGAUCGCGCGGUUCUUUCGAUGAAAAGAGGACUGCGGAGCCAAGCGUGGGCUCAAAGCGUCGUUAUUGCUGGGAAGACACUCGGACAGGAUGUUUCUGGCGGUUUUGCUCUGGGGCCUACUGUGCCACGCCACGGCGGACUCGGCGCCGAGCCACUGCUACAUCAACGUAACGAAGGACAUAAGCGACAACCAACCGCUGCUGCUGCGUCACAACAGCUCGGAAUUCCAGUAUCCCCGAGUCCAGAGCCCCUCGAGCUUUGAACUUAACGCCGGCAAAGCCGAGUUGAGAGUCGCCUGUCCCAACGAUCUCCUCGUCGUCGACGGUGAGACUCUCGGAAUUGGAUCGGGAUUUCUCAAGUGCCACGGAGGCUCGAACUUUGGCGUUGCCGGGUCGCAGGUGUCGACGCCAUUCGGCAGAAUCGGCUGCACGAAGCCGACGAUGCUGGUGGCUCGUGUCAAGCGGAACAACUGCCCCGCGAACAAGUGCAUGCAGGUCGGCUUCCACAUGAACGUCUUCACCUUCCUCUCGGUGAUCGACACCAUCGCUUACGACACGGAGAACCGCGUGCCCAUAUGGGCGCACGUCAAGGUCGUCGCCUGCAUCGAGGGCAGACAGAGAAACAGGGAAACGAGGGAGUUCAAGAUGGGUCCGCUACUGUCGAACACGACGGUCGAGGUGGCCGACAUCUACAACAGGGAGUACCAGCGACGUCGACUCGGCGCCAUAUUCGACGACCCAGAACGCUCCGAGUGGUACCUCAGCGACGUCAUACCGAGCGGCGAGAAGUACUUCGUCGAGGGCCUGCUGGUCUCCCCGAACGACCUGUUUUACAAGGUGCAGCAGUCCAGCACCUACUUCUAUGAGAACACGGUGCCGAUGUGGCGCAGCGUGCAGGAGGGCAACUGGCGCUACGUAUCGAGCAUCGUUCGUAAAUUAGCCAGCGAGACGAUGACCGACCUGGAGGUCUGGUCCGGUGCCAUCGGAGUCUUGACUUUGCAGAGCAGCACCGGUGUACAGAGGAAGGUCUUUCUGGCGAGAGACGGAAGCGGAAAGUCGAUACUACCGGUUCCGAAGCUUCUCUUCAAGUACGUCUACGACAAGAAGCUCAACAGGGGUCUGGUCUUUCUGGUCGUGAACAAUCCCUUUCUCGACAAGGUCUACACUGGAGACCUGGUGAUCUGCAAGAGGCAGAUGGUCUGCGAGAAUUUGUUUCCGCAGUUUGCGCAUCUGGACAAGGGAUACACUUACUGCUGUACGUUGGAUGGGUUCUUGGAGACGGCCAAGUCGCUGGGGUUGCCGACUUUCAACGGGGCCACGUCGAUUGGGAAUUGAUGUGGAAGAGAACGUAGUGCGAUAUUAUGACGUAUUUUGUAAAUAAAAAAUUGUAACGAGAGAAAAUGUAUGAUUAUUUCAUGUGGAAUGUAGCAUACAUUAUUUGAAA